CAGAUUCCAUCAUGUGACUUUAUGUGAACUGCAUUUGUUUUAGGGCUAGAGAUUCUUUUUGAUUGGUAGACAUAAGAAAAAACCCCACACAUAUUGCAGCACAAAGAACACAGAGAAGCGACUACGUUCACCUUAUACUGGUAAAAAAACAAGCAAAGGACCUUGAAUUGCUUUUGGAAUCCAGAAUCACUCACAGGGAGCAAACAUGGAUUUCAAAGGAACAACAUCUCAACCAGAUCAACAACAACAGGAAAAGACAAAAAAAAUAAAGCAGCUAUUUGACAAGCUUUACCCUAAAGGCAGGAACCACAGACUGCGAGCUACCGAGGUUCUUCAGAUAACUGCACGUUCUUUGCAGUCUCAUGAGUCUUGCACUGAGGAGGAGCUGAUUCAGACCUUUCUACAGAAACUUCUGAUUAUGAACUAUACAGCAAGAUACACUGAAACUAAAGAGACCAAUGAACAUCAUCACACACAACGAAAAGACAUUGACUCGUCUGAAGAUGAGUGUGAUUUUUUUGAUGAAGGAUCUUGGUCCAGUUCGCCUGUAACCUCCUUUGACAACGUUCACCCAAUGGAUGUUCAGUUGGCCGUUUUUCAUUUUGCUGAUAGAUUCCUUAAGCAGCUCAUGGUCACUAAACUCUCACAAUGUCAGUUUGCUCUUCCUUUGCUUGUACCGGAUCCAUUCACACAACAGAUUCAGUUUCCUCUCUGGACAUUCAGACAAAUCAACAAGAGCUGGAAGAUGAGAAAUACUGACAAUGACUUGAUCAGUAAAGUCCAGCCAGUGUAUAAAGCAGAAACACCAAUGGUGUCGUUCUUCAGGUUUGGUUCUGUGUCUUCAUCCAAGUCUCAGCUGAUAAACAGUCUGAUCAAUGAGAAACACAACACGUUCUUCCAUAGGAACUGUCCAGGCAGCAGCAGAACCAGACUGCUCAUGGAUGGAGUGGUGGAGAUCGCCUGGUUUUGCCCCUCUGGAAAAGACACAGAUAAAUUUACUGACUGCGUUGCCUUCUGUAAUCUGCAUGGUGAUGCAGGAACCAAUGAGAAACAGCUGCAGAUCCUGACUAAAAUGUCUUCAGUCAAUGUUGUUAUUUUACCACAACUGGACAAGAAUGACAAAACCGCAAUAAAGAUACAAGAGCUGUACAAAGACAAAAAGCCACUUAUUUGUCUUCUAACUGAUGAUGAAUCUGCUGCAAAGCAGAAGAAAGGAAAAUAUAAAAUUGGUUUGAAAAACAGAAACCAGUCGGAUGUAUCUGUAGAACUCAGAAGAGCAAUAAGCAGUUGUCUGUCAUCUUCAGAAUCAGCUUCCUUGUUCAGAUUGGAAGAUUUGUCCAAAUGCUCAGAUAUCAGAGUAGAUGAGGAAGAUGACGAAGACUGCAGGAUAGGAAAAGAAGCAGCACAGCAGAUGAUAAGUUUAUUGGAGAAUAAAGAUCUGACAGAAAUCAAAGAGUCAUUUCUGCCCUGUCAGGGAAAACUGUGGCAUCUUUGGUGUCAGAAGAACAAAGAACUUCAUCAACCUCAAGGGGAGGAACUAGAAAUAGACAUAAGCACUAAAAAGACAGAAAUGAUGAAGAUUCGUGAAGAGCAACAUGAAUCUAAUAUGAGUGAAUUUAUAAAGUUCUUUAUAAAGCAAAUGAACUCCGAUUCUGCAUUUAGGAUGUUUUUUCUCAAAUGGCUCAGAAUCCUCCUGGAUGAGUAUACCUCAGAAGAUCUUUCUGAUCUACAUCUCAAAUAUGAUGAAAAGUGGUCAACAGUCUUAAAGCUCAAAGAGACCAACGAAAAACCUGAGAAUGUCAAUGAAGUACAAACUGAGCUUGAGAAAAUUUCUGAAGAACUUCAAGCUGCAACAUUUGGCUUGGAGCACAUCCUCAGAGAGAUCGGUCAGAUCUAUGAAUCAUAUUCAUCUGUAAAGACAAUCAAAGCAGAUCAGGAGUUUCAUUUGUCUUCUCUCCCGAGUUUUGCAGCUGAGAUGAUGAUUUCUGGAUUUCCACUGGAGCUGAUGGAUGGAGAUGCUGCUCAUGUUCCUCUGAUCUGGGUUACUGCUGUUCUAGAUGAACUCAUCCACAAACUGGGAGACCAGAGAGUCUUUGUGAUGUCAGUUUUAGGGAUUCAGAGCUCUGGGAAAUCCACCAUGCUCAAUGCCAUGUUUGGCCUUCAGUUUGCAGUCAGUGCUGGCAGGUGCACCAGAGGAGCUUUUAUGCAGCUGGUCAGAGUAUCAGAGGAGAUGAAGGAACAGCUGAAGGUUGAUUACAUUCUGGUUGUUGAUACUGAGGGUCUUCGGGCUUUAGAACUUACUGGAAGGUCUACAAGACAUCAUGACAAUGAAUUGGCCACAUUUGUUGUGGGUCUUGGUAAUCUGACAUUGAUUAACAUCUUUGGAGAAAACCCCUCUGAAAUGCAGGACAUUCUUCAGAUUGUUGUUCAGGCCUUUCUGAGGAUGAAGAAGGUCAGAUUGAAUCCCAGCUGUAUGUUUGUGCAUCAGAACGUUUCAGACGUCACAGCUGGAGAGAAAAACAUGGAGGGAAGGAGACGCCUGCAGGAGACACUGGAUGAGAUGGCGAAACUCGCUUCUAAAGAUGAAGCCUGUGAUGCAGAAUGUUUCAGUGAUGUCAUUGCAUUUGAUGUACGUACUGAUGUGAAGUAUUUUGCUCAGCUCUGGGAGGGCAGCCCACCCAUGGCACCACCAAACCCAAACUACUGUGAGAAUGUUCAUGAACUAAAGGAAGCCAUACUUACACAAGCCUCAAAAUCAGGUGGCAUAAUGUUGAGUCAACUAAAAGAUCGUAUUCAAGAUCUCUGGGAGGCUUUACUCAGUGAGCAAUUUGUAUUUAGCUUCAGAAAUUCUUUGGAAAUUGCAGCGUACAGGAGACUGGAAACAGAAUACAGCAAGUGGACCUGGACUCUUCGUAGUGCCGUGCUGGAAAUUGAAAAUAAACUGCACAACCAAAUAGAAAAUGGAGCAACUGAUGAGAUUAAGGAAGAAGAUUUCAAAAGAGAACUAAAAGGAAAAAGUGAAGAGGUGAAAAAAUCAAUGUCGGAUUUCUUUGAGAACGACACGGAUAAACUCAUACUGAUUCAGUGGAAAGAGUCGUUUGAAAUAAAAGUCAAAGAGCUUCGGGAGGGCAUUACGAGAAAAACAAAAAGGAAAUUAAAUGAGAUGAUUCAGCAACAAGACCUGAAGAAAAGGAUGGACACUCAAAGGACACAUUAUGAAAAUACACUUUUAGAAAAGAGCAAAGAACUGGCUUUAAAACACAAAGACAAAACGAAUGAUGAAGAAACUCUAAAGAAAGAGUUUGAUCUGUUCUGGGAAAAAUGUGUUAAGAAGAUUACCACAGAUAGUCCCCCAAUCAAAGACAUUAACAUACUGAGAGAUGUGAAAAAGCUCCUCAGUGGCACCUAUAAAAUUGCCCAUAUAAACACCUGGAAGGACAUCACAGAUAUAUUCUUGGAGCCGAGUUCUGCACCUUAUGUUCGGUUUAAAAAAUCCAGCGGAAUUACAGGACGUUUUAAAAAUGCCGUCAGAGCAGUCCAAGAGACAAUUGGUCUCACUUUGUCUGAAGAGGAUGAAACCCAAAUAACAAACCUAAUAAACGAUAUUUCUGAGCAAACAGAUAAGAUGAUCAUGUCAUUCAACGUAUCAAAGCUGGGCUACAACAUCAGCUACAUUCAACAAGUUACAGAUUACAUCAAAGCAAGAAUAACACAAUACGAGGAAGGCCCAGUGAAGUACGUGUUCAAUGAAAAAUUCUUUGUGGAUUUGGUAUUUUAUUUAUUUGAGUAUGCAAACAAGACAUUAACUGAACAACACAACAAGUUCAGAGAAGCCAACGAUCCUGUAUUGUACGUUGAGAAGAAGAGAGAAGAAUAUUACAGUAUUUUCCAGAAAUACUGUCAAGGAGCAACAUCAGCCGCUAUUUUUGGAGAGAUCAUCUGUCAGAAGCUGAGAGAACCCAUUAAACAGAGUGUCUACAAACACACUGCCAGAGAUUUAGCAGAUGAAAUGCGAUCAAACUGUGCAUCACUAAAUGGAAACAGAACAAAUCUGGAGAAGCACAUUCUAAAGAAACUGGCACAAGAGGAGAAGUUUAAUCAAUACCUAAAAUACAUUAAGAAUCCCAGAAAGUACUUCAAUAGUUUCAUUACAGGUGAAGUCAGUCAGUACAUCUGGGAUAAUUUCAGUUUCAGUGUUCAGCCCAAGAUGAAAGAGAACAUUGAAUCCCUGCAGAAGAAGAUCAUGACAGCAGCACGUGAAUCUACUGAACAUGUUCAAGUGAACAAUGGAGAUGUUGAUUUGUGGUUGACGUUUUUCACACAGAAGCUCUCAGAUGAUUUGAUAUUCUCUGUGAAGGACUUCAGUGGAGUGAGUCAUGAUGAUGUUGAUGAUUUCAAACUACUAGAAGAUGUGAUAAGAGAAGAACUACCCUCUAUAAUGUCUGACAUCAGCAGUAAAUGCAACACAACAACAUUUCCAGUAUAUCUGGAUUAUAAGGACCGACCAGAUGAGAUUCUGAUUGAUCACUUCUGUCAGUGCUGUUGGGUUCAGUGUCCGUUCUGUGGAGCCAUCUGCACUAACACUAUAGAAAACCAUGAUGGAGACCACAGUGUUCCUUUCCAUCGUGUUAAUGGACUGAUUGAUUGGUUUUACAGAGGAACACGAAACCUAUCUAUCGAUAUCUGCACAUCUUCAGUAGCAAGUGAUGAUACUUUUUUUCCAAAUAACUUAUACGACUCAGAUGACUCAGAUGACGAAGUUCUCUGUAGAGAAUACAGAACAGCAGGAGGUGAGUAUGCAGAGUGGAGCAUCACCCCUGACUUCUCUGAGCUGCCCUACUGGAAGUGGUUUGUGUGCAGAUUCCAGAAAUGUCUGGAAAGACACUACAGAAAAACAUUCCGGGGUUCUGGUAGGAUUCCAUAUCAAUGGAAACAAAUCACAAAACAAGAUGCUCUUGAAAGUUUGGAUAAAUACUUUUGAAUAUAAAUGAAUAUAAACUAAUGGAGCAGCUAAAGAAGCCCCUUAUCUACAGAACACAACACAAAAUGUAAAUGCUCAGUUUGAAUUAUAUGACGUCAUGAAAUGUCGUUCUUAUACUGAACUAUUUUAUUACACUGUAAUUAUCUUAUUUUAUUAGCCCUGUCAAUUUAAACACUUAAUCAAAUUAAUUGCACAUUCAAUGAUAUUUAUCAGCAGUGUUGGGGGUAACGCAUUACAAGUAACUUGAGUUACGUAAUAAUAUUACUUUUCUGAAGUAACGAGUAAAGUAACGCAUUACUUUUUAAAUGUACACAUUAAUAUUUGAGUUACUUUUUCAAAAAAGUAACUCAAGUUACUUUUUUAGUUUAAUUAAUUUGAUUAAAAAAUAUGUACUGAAUUAAACUAAACGUAUGCACUCUCUGUGCCUGUGUGGAAACAGUUUGAGUCAGAGCUAAACAUUUUUGUGAUGAAAUAUGCAAUUUCUGAAGGCAGAACUUUUCAGUCAUAAAAGCACCUGCAAGGCCUGAAAGAGAUCAAGCUUUAGCCAAGAAAAAGUAACGCAAAAGUAACUAAAAGUAACGUAAGCAUUACUUUCCAUGAAAAGUAACUAAGUAAUGCAAUUAGUUACUUUUUUUGGGAGUAACUUAAUAUUGUAAUGCAUUACUUUUAAAAGUAACUUUCCCCAACACUGUUUAUCAGUAUCAAUAUUAGUGGGUGUGAUGCUGUCCAACUUGAUAUGUUGGUCCACCAAAAUAUAUUAAAGGGGAAUUUAGAGGGAAUUUUCACCACACUCAACAUCAACAUGAUUUUUUUAACUAAUGGCUAAAUUGCAGUAAAUUACAUGUGUUUAUUUUUAAUUAUUGUUUAUGAUAUGUAUAUGUAACGUCAAUAUUCUUAAUUUAUAUGUCACAUCAAUAUAUUUAUAGCUUAGUAGUACUUUUAUUCAUUCUUUUAGGUUUUAGAUUAUGGAUUGGUAAGUCUUUUAGUAAGAAAACGGCAGUGCUUUGAAUUAAGUAUUUAGCAGGUGCUUUAUUCAAAGCAACUUACAAAAAGGAGGCAAUAAUAUGUGCUAAAUGUGCUAUACAAUACAAAGUUACGAAGUUUCAAAUGUACAGCUUUCAGACAAAACAGUAAAUCUUUAAUUUUUUUCAUAAAUAAAGACACACUGGUCUGAAUUUCAAGAGCAGUUUUGGUUUUGUAAUAAAUUAGUAAUAAGUAAUAUCUAAAUUUUCUUACAAGUAGAUUGGUGGUGUUCUUUGUUCAUAAAACAUUUCACAUUGCUCCACUACCUUACAAUUUUAAUAUUGAAUGAUACAGUACAAAUAACAAUAUAUUACUUGGUUAACUCAAAUUAUUUACUUGUAUUUUCUCUUUUCACACUGUUAUAAUGGAUAUAUGCAGAUAUGCAGUUUACUGUCUAUGUGUAUGUAACAAAUAAAAUACUUUAAGAUCAGGCACACCAAUGCUGUGUGUCACUUUUU